AUGGCCCACGUUCCGCAAGGAGAUGUAAAGCUGAAGGCGCACUGGCGAGCAUUAGCUGCCGCAACGCUCGUGUCACUCAGUUCUUUCCAAUAUGGAAUUGACUUUGGCAUAAUCAGUGGUCUGCAGGCUAUGGAUCCUUUCUUGGAGGUCUUUGGAGAGCUGGGCCCUGAUGGGAAAUGGAAUAUUUCGCCGGAGCGCCAGCAGCUCAUAUCUUCGCUGAUGAUUCUUGGAGCCUUCAUUGCCUCCUUCUCGGCCGGUUUCACCUCGGAAUAUUUUGGGCGCAAGAUGUCACUGUGGAUUGCCUGCCUUGGGGUUGUGAUUGCCACCGUGAUGAUGCAAGUCACCACAAGCAUUGGUGUCCUGUAUGCCGGCCGACUGAUUAUCGGUCUUGCCAAUGGACUGCUCAUGACACAUUGUCAACUUUAUAUACAGGAAACCCUUCCCGCCAAAUAUAGAGGCAUGGGAAUUGCGAUGUUUUCGUACUGGAUUUCCCUUGGAUCUCUCAUAGGAACUAUAAUUGACUACCCCGCCUCGAAGGACCCGACUCGAAACGCGUACAUCGUACCCUUGGGCAUUGUGUACGUCGUGCCCGGUGUCAUCUCCCUCGGACUUUUCUUUAUACCCGAGUCGCCAAGAUGGCUGGCCGGAAAAGGCCAAAUAUCGAAAGCCGAGAAGUCUCUGAAAUGGCUACGCCCAAAUACCUGGGCAGUUGCUGAGGAACUACAAGAGAUGGAAGUUGCUUUGGCCGCGGAAGCUCAACUUCAUUCAAAAACCAAUUUCAUUAGUUGUUUCAAUGACCCGGUUGAUCGACGGAGAACAUUGCUUGCCGUGUUAGGACUAACGACGCAAGCUGGCUCGGGCUCCAUGUUUGUAAUAUCGUAUGGCACUUAUUUCUUCAAGAUGGCAAACGUAGGCGAUGCUUUUCAGAACUCUUGCAUCUUGACUGGAGUUGGUGUCUUUGCAAUGCUUCUCAACACCUUCCUGGUUACACGAAUCGGAUAUCGCCGGGUAAUGAUGAUGACUGGUUUUGCUCUUUGUGGAAUCGCAAUGUUAGCCAUAGCUGCUGUGUACACGGUUGAACCUGGGACUCAGAAGACUGGGAAGGCGAUCGUUGGGUUAUCCAUCAUCUAUAUUGUUGGGUAUAACUGGAUGAUAGCUCCGUACGCCUGGCUAUGCGGAGGAGAACUGCCCUCCCAGCGUCUGCGGUCCUACACUUUCGGCUUGGCCACGGCCAUCGGUUUCCUUUUUGCGUGGCUAACAACUUUCACGGCACCAUAUUUUAUUAACCCGCUUGCACUUAAUUGGGGUCCGAAGUAUGGGUAUAUCUGGGCUCCCUCAUGCGUCAUUUGUAUGACGUGGAUCUUCUUCUUCCUGCCCGAAGUCAAAGACCGGACUUUGGAAGAAAUCGACGAGAUGUUCGAGGCCCGUCUGCCGGCCAGAAAAUUUCGCGGGUAUAAGUGCACUGGUAUGCAUGCGGUACUCGAGGAGAAGACGCACGAUAUCAAACCACAGACAAGUCAUGAAGAAGGCCAUGUCAGCACACCAACUUCCAACGAGAAUGGCGUUACUGAAUCGCGUGUCUAA